AUGGCCGACAGCAAGACUGAGGAGGCGCCUGUUGACUACAGCUUGGCCAACCCAGACACCCUCACCAAGUACAAGACUGCUGCUCAGAUUUCUCAGAAGGUCCUCGAGGCAGUCUCAGGAUGGUGUGUCGAGGGCGCAAAGAUUGUCGAGAUCUGCCAGCGCGGCGACAAGCUCUUGGAGGAGGAGGUCGCAAAGGUCUACAAGGGCAAGAAGAUUGCCAAGGGUAUUUCUCACCCUUGUACCGUCUCUCCAAGCACCUACGUGACUCCAUACACUCCUCUCACCUCCGAUGCCGAGGAGGCAGAGACCGUUCUCAAGGCCGACGAGGCAGUCAAGAUUCAGCUCGGCGCCCAAAUCGAUGGCUUCGGCGCGAUCGUCUGCGAUACCGUCAUUGCACGUAGCAAGGAGAACUCUGACUCCGCUGUGUCUGGACGAGCAGCCGACCUCCUUCUCGCAACCUACUACGCGAACGAGCUCAUGAUGCGGAUGAUCAUGCCACCUGGUUUGUUGGCACAGGGUACCGAAGAAGAGAAGAAGAAGGCACAAGCGAUCAAGCCAUACAGCCAGUCGAAAAUGACGCAGCUGCUCGAAAAAGUCGCCAAGAGCUACGAGUGCAACCUGGUAGAGAACACUACAUGCUGGGUCUUUGAACGGGACGAGAUUGAGGGCAAGAAGAAGAUCAUUCUGGCACCGGGCGAGGGUGUCAAGGGUGAGGGUUUGCCGGAAGUUGGCGAGGCAUGGGGUAUCGAGAUUGGCAUUAGCACGGGAACUGGCAAGGUCAAGUCGCUGCCAAACAGGCCUACCCUUCACCGCAGAACCACUACCACCUACGGUUUGAAGCGGCCGAGUUCGAGGGCCACCCUUUCGGAGGUGAAGAAGAAGUUCGGCACCUUCCCUUUCAGUUUACGACAGCUUGACGACGAGCGUGCGGGUAAGGUCGGCGUGGUCGAGUGUGUGCGUGGUGGUGUCAUUCGCCAAUACGAGGUCAUUGGCUCGACAGACAGCGAGCCAGUCAGCCGUCUGUUCACAACUGUUGCGGUCACCAAGAACGGAGUACAGAAGUUGGCUUCGCCACCAAAGCCAGACAUCUCUCAAUGGAAGUCUGACAAGAAGAUUACGGACGAGRAGAUCCUCAAGAUUCUUGAGCUCCCCCUUUCCAAGACAAGCACAAAGCCAAAGAAGCAGAACAAGAAGAAGAAGAAGGCCAAGAAGCCAGCGGCCGCUGCUGCCAAGGAGGAGGAGGAAGAUGACGAUGAUGAUGACGAUGAGGACUCCGACGAAGAGUAA